UUUUUAUUUAUGCAAACAACAAGUGAUCAGGUAUGUGAGAAAAUUUAAGUAAUAGCCACAAUAUGCUUCAUUAGAAUGCUAUGAGAAUAUAGAUGAAAUUAGAAAGAAGUUCCCUCCUUUAGCAAAUAUCAAUAUUGAUCAUAAAUUUGAUAAUUUAUAAGAGUGUAGAUUCUUUAUCAUAAGAACUUAAGGAGAAGAUAAUGUUCAUAGGGCAAUGAAAUAUGGAAUUUGGACUAGGUAAAAUUUUAAUUAAGGAAAGCUCUUCUCGUAAAAAUGAAAGAUUAGAUGAGGCUUUCAAGAAUAAAAAUUAAGAAGUUUAUUUAUUUUUUACAGAAAUAAAUAGUAUGUGUUUUAGUGGAAUGGCUAAAUUAACAUCUUAAUUUAAUGCAAAAACUCAUUUUAAAUAUUGGUUAAUUGAGAAUAAAUGGUUUGGCACAUUUCAGAUUUAAUGGGUAUAUUGUUAAUAUUAUUUCAUCUAAGCUUUAUGUCAAAGAUUUACCAUUUAAACUAUUUGAUGAUAUUAAAUAAGUAUAGAAAUUAGAAGGUAGUGAAGAAACCUUAAAAUCAGUGUAUGAUCUUAUUGAUUGUACUGAAUUGACAGUAGAAAAUGGUAUCAAAAUGGCAAAAAUCUUCUAAAUGGAAAAAACAAAUAAAAGUUUAUUCGAAGAAUUUCCUUAAUUGGAUAAAUUAGAAGUAAAUGCAUUAAUUUAAAUAAAUUAAGUAUGAAAGUAGAUAGGAGAGAACCAAUAAUUCAAGAUUCGAUAAAAAAUUUUAAGAAUUAUCAGCAGUCUUUGAAACUAUUCCAUUCUCAUUUUCAGUUGCCUCAUAUGAGAGAAAAAAAACUAAUAGAAAAGCACAAGGUUCUUAUUAUUAGGCUCAAUAUGGUUAAUAAUAUUAUUAUCAAUAACCUUAUCAAUAAUAUUACUAAUAGCCAUUUGUUGGUAUUUUAUAUUGUAUAAAAUUAGGUUAUUAAUUCUAAUAAACACCUUAAUAUUGGUAAUUCAAUAAUGGAUUUUAUUAAAAUACAUAUCAAUAGAACUAAUAUACAAAUAAUAAUAAAUAAAGUUUCAACAAAUCAUAACAACCAUAUGAGAAACAUCAAAAUUUAUAAAAUAAUUAUUAGAAUUAAUAAUUGUAACCAAAUGUGAAUUCAUAAUAAUUAUAAUAAAACCCAAAUUAAGAAAUUAAUUAAGAUUUAUAAAGUGUUCCUCUUGAGUAAAGAUUUUAAGUAAAUAGUCCAUAAUUGCAAAAAAGAGGAAAGUUUGAUAAAAAUAGAAGUAAGAAUAACAAAGAUAAUGUAUAAUAUGUAGAAAAAAAUUAAACAGAAGCUUCUGUUUAAAAUUAUUGA